UUAAAAAGUUAAGGAUGGCAAAAGAAGAUUUACGUCUAUUAGAUUUCUGGGUGAGUCCAUUUUGCAUGAGGGUAAAAAUUGCAUUUGCUGAGAAGGGUUUAGCUUAUGAUUCUCAAGAAGAAGAUUUGUUAGGUGGCAAGAGUGAGUUGCUUCUGAAAACAAACCCUAUUUACCAAAAAGUUCCUGUUUUAUUGGACAGUGGCAAGCCAAUAGUGGAGUCCUCAAAUAUUGUGUAUUAUAUUGAUGAGAAGUUUGCUACCCAAAAUCCUUUGCUUCCUUCUUGUGCUUAUGGACGAUCCAGAGCAAGGUUUUGGGCUGACUUCAUUGACAAAAAGAUUUAUGAAGCAGGAAUGGCUAUAUGGAGGAGCAAAGGAGAAGAACUAGAGAUUGCCAAGAAUGAUUUUAUAGACAUUGUGAAGAAACUUGAAGGAGCUUUAGGUGACAAAGAUUAUUUUGGAGGAGACAACUUUGGAUAUGUUGAUGUCAUAGCUAUUAGCAUGACAUCUUGGUUCCAUGCUUAUGAAAAAUUUGGAGGUUUUAAGGUUGAAAAAGAGUGUCCAAAAUUUGAUGCAUGGACAAAGAGAUGCCUUAAGAGGGAGAGUGUUGCUAGGGUUUUUCCUGACCCUGAAAAAGUUUAUGAGUUUGUUGUCAUGCUUAGGAAAAUGCAUGGCAUUGAAUAGCUUGGCAAGUCAUCCUACUCGAUCA